UUUUUAAUAAUUUAUUCUUAUUUUAUUUAUAAUAGAUGGUUGAUUUUACGGAGAUAUCAUUAUCAUCUGAAAGGUUAACUCUAAAACGUAUUUGCCCUGAACUACAUGUUAUGGAAAUUAAUGCAGCUGUAAUUGAUUCAUUUGAUUCUUUAGUACAAUGGUUACCUUGGUCUAUUAACCCUCCAACAAUUGAAGAGAAUUUAAAGGCUCUUAUUAGAGUUGCACAAGAUCCUCAUUAUGGUUUCCGCAUUUAUUUAAAUCAAACUCAACAGCUAAUAGGACAAUGUGGCGUCAAACUAAUUAAUGAUGCUGAUUCUGUCAAGAAAACUUAUGAGAUUGGAUACUGGCUGCACAAAAAUUUUACUGGAAAAGGUUAUAUGCAUGAAGCUGUGUUGUGCCUUUUAAAUUUUAGUGUCACAAAGCUAAUGGCUGAAAGAUUUAUUAUUUGUUGUAAUGAGAAAAACAUCAAAAGCCAUAAUGUUGCUUUGAAUUGUGGUUUUAAAUUAAUAAAGAAAAUUGAACUAACUUUUGAUUCUAGACCAGAUUGGGGGCUAUGUACAGAUUUUGUUUUUGAAAAAGUUGUAUAACAUGCCAAUUA